UAUUCACUACCUGCCGCUGUUGCCUGGCCUGUGGGGCUGCCGGUUCAUCCGGCGGAGACCGGGCCGAUGCACUUUACCCCUAUUCUGCUAUCUCAGCAGGUCGUUAGCAUUAACGAGCUAGCUUGCUGUUUUUUUUUCGUUUUUUUUCCUCUCUCUCUCGCUCGGCGGAUCACAGCCACAUGCGUGACAGCUGUCACCACGGCCACGGAGGUCACUCUCACAGUCACGGGCCGAGAGCGGCUGCGUUUGGCGGGAUGACGCAUCCCUUCAUGCCAGCUUUUCACGGACAGUUUGGCAAAAGCGCAGAUCAGACAAUGGAACUCACUCAGCAGCCGAAGAAACGGUCGCACAUGGAUGACAGCAGCAGCUGGGACAUAGUGAAGGCGACACAGUUCGGUAUCCUUGAGCGCUGUAAGGAGCUGAUGGAAGCAGGAUAUGACGUCCGGCAGCCGGACAAAGAGAACGUGACUCUGCUGCACUGGGCGGCCAUCAACAACCGCGCAGAGCUGGUCAAGUAUUAUAUUUCUAAAGGGGCGAUAGUUGACCAGCUCGGAGGAGACCUGAACUCUACUCCUCUUCACUGGGCCAUAAGGCAGGGCCACCUCCCCAUGGUGAUCCAGUUGAUGAGAUAUGGGGCAGAUCCCUCCAUCGCUGACGGAGAAGGUUACCGCGCUCUCCACCUCGCCAUCCUCUUCCAGCACAUGGCCAUAGCAGCCUAUCUGAUGGCUAAAGGACAGGAAGUAGAUGGGCCUGACUGCAACGGACUGACACCACUGAUGUUAGCAGCCCAGAAGAUUAUCGGGCCUGAGCCCACCAACUUCUUAAUCAAGAAUAACGCUUCUGUGAGUGCCGUGGACAAAGUGAACAGGAACACGCCGCUGCACUGCGCCGUGCUGGCAGGAAACGUAGAUGCCGCCCACAUCCUGCUGGAGGCUGGGGCCAGCGUAGACGCAGACAACAUCAACGGUCACACCCCCAUCGAUUUGGCCCACCAGGUGCACAGCCCGCUGCUCAUCCACAUGCUCAACCACGUCAAACAGGAGCGGAUACGCUCCAACUCGCGCUGUGUACGGAUCGCUAACAGAUACAGGGUCAUUCUGCAGCUCCUGCUCUGCAUUGCCAUGUUUGGAAGUGUGGGCGCAAUAGUUGACAUGAACUCGGAGUCCUGGUUGCUCAAAGGGAUCCUGCUGGCCUCUGUGAUGGGUGUGAUCAGUCUGGCCUCAAGGAAUUUCCCCAGUGCAGCCUUUCAGUCUCUCCUACCAGCUGCAUGUCUCAUGGCCUCAGUCUUCUGGAUGCUCGUCACCUGGUGCCUCUGGUUCCUGCCAGAUGGACACAGCACCACAGUUCAGGUUCUGUUCACUCUGAAUGCCACUGCUCUGCUCUACUACUACCUCCGCACCUGCAGGACAGACCCGGGCUUCGUCAAGGCAACGGAAGAAGAGAAGAAAAUGAAUGUGUUGGUGUUGGCUGAAGCUGGCUGCCUGGACCCCAGAAUAUUCUGCACUUCUUGCAUGAUAAAGAAACCAAUGAGAACGAACCACUGCUUCACCUGUGAUGCCUGUGUGGCGAAGCAGGACCACCACUCCGUCUGGACCAACAGCUGCAUCGGUGCGAGGAACCAUCACUACUUUGUCCUCUUUCUGCUCUCGCUCAUGCUGAUGGGAGUCUGGAUGUUCUAUGGUUGUCUCAUGUACUGGUCGACUCGCUGUGCGGUGCGCUAUGAGGAGCAGGGCCUGUGGGGCGUGGUCUCUGCCCUGGUCAACUGCUCUCCCUGGCUGCUCAGCAUCUUCCUGCUGGCCUUCUACCACACCUGCUGGUCCGGCUUGAUCCUGCUACUGCAGCUCUACCAGAUUGCCUUCCUGGGACUGACCACGGCAGAGCGGGCCAACCUGACACUUCACCAGAGGAAGCUCCGACAGUCCGUCUCCCUCAGACAGAAUCCAUACAAUUUGGGCGUGGUGCGGAACCUGGUGUCGUUUUUCCAGCUGCGUUGUUGUGGCCUCUUCAAACCGGCCGUCAUCGACUGGACGCAGCAGUUCCCGCCCGGCCGCGACCAGCACGUGUUCGGACAGGCCGACAUGGUCUGACCUCGCUGCCACCCCCUCGCUCAGGGUCAAAGGGUCAGACUUAUACAGUGGUUCUGGACCAAAAGCAAAGAUUCUAUUUAUUUAUUUUUUUAUGUGUUGGCUCUUUGUGAAGAGGAACAAUGCCAAAAGUUGGGAAAACACAAAGCAAAAUGUAGAUAUUGAUUCAGUUGCUCUUUGUACAGACUGCUGCUGCCUUAUACUUGACCAAUGUAAGUGAAAUGAAUAUCACAGACAUUUUAAUUUGGGUAAGGUUAACUGAACCUUUAAAGGCCUAAAUCGUAAUUGAAGUUUUGAGCUGUUUUUUAUGAACACGUCGAGCAUAUUUUUUAUCAUUUGUUCUGGGGAAAAAAAGGGCCUUUACACAUGUAAACAGGUGGUUUUAUGACUUUUGUAAGAGUUGCAUGUGUUUAAUAAUGAAUGACCACUAUAGUACUUUAUUAAAGCAAUGUUGUACCUGU